UCCAGAUGUAGUGAAGACCGUCAUCGUUUAAUAAUCAAAAGAUGAUUAUUUCCUAGCUCCUCUCGACGUCGUGUCAGGUUAAGCAGGUCUCCGUUUCGCUUUAUUCCAGCUUCAGAACUACUUGUUUUUGAAGCCGGUUCUUUGAUCUACACUGUGUUCACAAUAUUAACAUACAAUCACAAUGAAGCCGUCUUUCGCUCCCCACCGCAGUGCGUCCAACUGCUUUCAACCGUUUCUGACCAAAUACGGUGCUUGCAUUCUGGACGGCGGCCUCACCACGUCUCUCCCCAACAACGCGGAGAAGCAUUUCUUGUGGGGUCAUCAGCUAUUGUACAACCUCGACGGUGGUUUACCGGCAUUGAAGAAGGUGCAUUUAGACUUUUUGAACGCCGGCGCGAAAGUGAUAGGGACCUUGUCGUACAAAUUGUCCCUGGAGCUCGUCAAGGAGUGCUGGAAGCGGGGUAUGCUGAACGACAUGGAGGAAAAGUGCGCGAGGGAAGAAGAGCUGGAAUCGCAUACGGAAAUGUUGUUUCAACGAUCCAUCCAGGCAGCGAAAGACGCAAGAGACGAGUAUUGGUCGGGAGCAGUUGCAGUGAAAACUGCUUCUACAAGUACCACUACUGCCCUCAGUAAUGAGGCAUCCAAGCCGCCUGCAACAGCCGAAAUAUCAGACGAAAGUGUCAAGCCCUUGGUCUUCGGCAGCGUCGGACCCUGUCGCGACUCCACCAUGCUUUUUGUCGGGGCGACAGAUCCCAACACGAGGUCCGAUGGUAGCGAAAUGGAGAUUCGCAUGCGGACAUAUUACCGACAGAAACUCGGGAUGCUGAAAAAGGUACAUCAACUUCUGGUCGUAUGAAGAUUGUUGUUUGAUGUAGUUGCAUCGCAAUCUGAGUGAACGUAUGUUUGUACGAACGACAAAGACAAGAACGGUAAAUUUCCUUCUGUGCAGUUAAAAGAAUUACAUCACAGAUGAUUUUAAACCCGCUCUAUACAACAACUACUUAGGCUGGCGUGGACGGUUUUUCCGUCGAGACCCUCGCCGGUUCCCGCGAGGCCCUGGUUGCGGCGGAGGAGAGCGCGGCUUUUGAUCUUCCCUUGUUGGUGUCUUUCUGCUUAUCAAAUGCAAAUAUGUCUGGGUCUGGAACAAAGCAACUUGUCAUGCUACAUCUGAAUCAUGCAAAAAUCUGUGUUGCAUGAUUACCAAAAGCUUUCCACUUUUGACCUAAUCGCGAGGCAGUUUCUCAUGCAGGAUAAGCAAGAUAGAAUUCGUGCGCGUCUCACAGAAUCUGUGAUGCUAUGUCCCACAUGCCAGACGUCAUGGGUCAUGGAGAACCUGCGUUACAAGCCUGGCAUUCUUCCAGACCCAGACAUUUGCAGUUGAUACUGGUGUCCGGACGACAAAGUUACGAACUCGGGGGAAACGAUUGAGGACUGCGCGAAGGCGUUGGAACCCUUUUCGUAUCAAAUGCAAAAAUGUCUGGGUCUGGAAGAACGCAUGUUUGUCAUGCUUGUCUGGCAUGAGUCUUAAAUCUGUAAUGCGCGUUAUCCAAGAGCCCUGUUUUUCUGUGAUGCAGAAACGCAGUUUGUCAUGCAGGAUAGGCAACACCUAGAAGCUCAGAAACUUGUCAUGCUAAGCCAGCAUUUGUGGCCUCAUCAUGAGACGCCACCCAGCAUUACAAGUUUCCAGACCCAGACAUUUUUACAUUUGAUAUUUCGCAUGUCCACGCCAUUGGGGUCAACUGCAUAAAUCCAUGGUAAGAUAUCCUCUGCAGAAGUAUCGUACUCGUAGUAAUUGCAGUCAUGCAUUACAAAUCUCGUUCCUAAGGCUAACCAGCAUGACAAAUUCCAUCUUUCAUGCUGAGCGAGUUUGUAUUGCAAUUACUGCUAGUACGAUGCUUUUGCAUUCCAUACAAGAUGAAAGUAAACGAUUUUUCAAAAAGCACUGCAGGACGUUGACCGAUCUUGGCUUUGUUUUUUUCUUCCGAUGUUGCUUCCAGAUUUGUCUACGUAGAUUUUUACAACCAACUCAUUUUCUUGCCGUAUCUUUUCCAAAACCCGCCCACGCCUCCAGCUUUGCCCCCGGCCUGGUGAGUAAACUGCGGCAGACCACCUCGCUCCCCAUCGCGGUGUACCCCAACAGCGGGGAAGUGUGGAACGCCGCGGAGGGGCAACUAUGCAUUGCAAAUAUGUCUGGGUCUGGAAGACAAGAACUUGUGAUGCUAAAAAGUCUACACCUUGUAAAAGUCUGUGGUGCAUGACUGCCAACAGUUGUCCACUUUUGAUGACCAAGUUGAGAGGGAGUUUCUGGUGCAGGACAGGCAUGGUAGAGAUUCACAGUAUCUGUCAUGCCAGGUCCUGUAUUCCAGACGACCUCGUGGGCCAUGGAAAAUCGGCAUGACAAGCUUCCACGCCCCCAGACCCAGACAUGUUUGCAUUUGAUGCCACCGGUGCUGGCACGACGGCGACCACAUGAAGGUUUUGGACGGCACGGACGCCGUGGCGUUUCACCAAGCCGGCGCGUCGCUGAUCGGAGGGUGCUGCUAUGCGUUGCAAAUAUGUCUGCGUCUGGAAGAGUGCCAACUUGUGAUGCGCAUCUCGCAACACAUAAAAGUCUCUCAUGCAUAGGUAGCAAAAGGUGCCCACUUUCUGUCACCAAAGUGGGGCAUUUGUCAUGCGGAUUCGGCAUUGCGAGAGCUUCUCGAAACCUGUGAUGCUAGAGCUUCCAUGCCAGACCUCCUGUGUCAUACAUGCAAAAGCAGCAUGACUCUUCCAGACCCAGACAUAUUUGCAUUUGGUAGCUGCAGGGUUUCCGUGGCGCAGAUCAAGCAGUUCAGCGACGCCUUGGUCGGAAAUAAAUAGGGAUAAUUAACUACAAAUUCGAUCGAGCGACUCGAAAGCGGCUUAAGGCAGAGACCGACGUUUGGAGACGGGUGUGCGGUCUAAAAAUUUUUGAGGACACAAGAAUUCUAAUUUUGAACUUCUGACGUUAAGUAGUACUAACGCAUAUUUUGGAAGGUGUAGAUGAGGAAAAAGAAAUCGUGUAUGAAGAUAAACUCCCGUCGUGUAUUGAACAGAAAAUCCCGAUGAACGCUGCAAAGACAUCCAAGGGUACGUGUAGA